CCAAAACAGAGUGCAAAAAGAAGGGGAGGAGAGAGAGAGAGAGAGAGGAGAGAGAGAUGGCGGGUGCGUUUUGGGGGACGCGAGUGCUGGAGAUAGUGAAGAAGCACGACUCCGGCGGUCUUGUUUGGAAGAGAAUAAAGCUGACCACCACCCGUAAAGCCAACGCCAAGAAGCGCCUCCUCCGCGUUUGGCAGAAUGAAGCUGUCCUGAGGGCAUGUGCAGAAACACCUUCACAGUCAUCUGGUGCUGCUACUGUUGGAGUGUCUGAGAAAGAAAACACAGGUAGCCAAUAAUGUGAGUAAGGAAGCUAGGCAAACCUGGAUGCAUUAGUUCAGGAAUAGCAAUGCUAUAAAUGUCAACUAUUUGUUAUAAUCUUCGACUGAAUGCUAUCCUGAACUUCCAUUUUGAUCUUUCUAUUUCUAGAGUUGAGCAUUAAAGUCCUGGACUGAAAACGAUUGUGGUCUUGUAUAACAUGGAUAACUCCGAUGAUCAAUAAGACUAUUCUGUAUUGCUUGUUGUCAA